ACGUGUAAACAGUGCGACACAGUUGAUCUCCAUUCAGCUUUUGCUGUGUAAUAUCUGAGUGAGUUGCGAUACUGGUCCUAUAAGUAAAGACACAGUGUAUUUAUUUUACCUUUAACUCACAUCAUGGAGUAUUUAAUCGGCAUCCAAGGGCCCGACUUUGUUCUGGUAGCAGCAGAUAAUGUAGCAGCCAGCAGUAUAAUCCAGAUGAAACACGAUUAUGACAAGAUGUUCAAGCUCAGUGAGAAGAUCUUGCUCUUGUGUGUGGGUGAAGCUGGUGACACAGUACAGUUUGCAGAAUACAUUCAGAAAAAUGUCCAGCUAUACAAAAUGAGAAAUGGAUAUGAGCUCAGCCCAUCGGCCGCUGCAAACUUCACAAGGAAAAACUUGGCAGAGUAUCUACGAAGUCGGACUCCAUAUCAUGUAAACCUGCUGUUGGCAGGAUAUGAUGAAACUGAUGGUCCAGGUCUGUACUACAUGGACUACCUGUCUGCACUUGCCAAAGCCCCUUUUGCUGCACAUGGAUAUGGUGCUUUCCUCACCCUCUCCAUCAUGGACCGAUACUACAGGCCAGAUCUGACUCGUGAAGAGGCUGUAGAUCUGCUGAAAAAAUGUGUUGAAGAGCUCAACAAACGUUUCAUCUUGAACCUGCCUUCAUUCACCGUCCGUUUGAUUGACAAGGACGGCAUCCACGACAUGGAGAAGAUUUCUGUAGGCCCCAAAUGAGCAACUACUGCUAUUCCCCCUCUAGUCACACUCUUUUAUACUGCAAAUGUAAAUCAUCUGUGCUCUAAUAAAACAUCUACCCCUGUUAGAUA